UAUUAUUUUUAUUUUCAUUAAAAAAACAAGUGUUUUAUUAUUUCAAUACAUACAUAGAAAAUACCCGAUAGUUUAAGGUCAGUGACCAUCGCUAAAGGUAUGGGUAAAGGACAACAACAACAGCGAACUAAAGGCAAUACUAAGCCGUCAAGCAGCGACCGUACCGCUCGGCUAUUGGCCACUACAGGAGUUGGCGCCGUCAAUACGUUUGUCGGCUUUUCGGCACUGUCGUCGGGAACUACCGCAGCAGCGACUACACCACCAACAACAACAUCGACAACAGGUGAUGACAGGACAGCCGCCGCCACCGCUGUUGCCGUCAUCGCCGCCAACGACGAUCUGACAAUUGAUGCCGAGGUUCGGGUCAUAUUCAAGAAGAUGUCCAAAAAAGAUUGCGUGACCAAAGUUAAGGCACUACAAGAGUUUCAACAACACAUCAAAGACAAGACCGAAUCAGAUGUUAAGCCAUUGUUGGGUCAAUGGCCACGUAUUUACGGCAAACUGGCCAUAGACAACGACUGGCGGGUCAGAGAGGCUACCCAUAAAUCGCACGAACUGUUAGUGUCGAAAGUUGGCCGCAAUAUAGCGCCGUAUUURCGCCAAUUGAUGCCCAUCUGGUUGACCACACAGUACGACAACUAUAGUCCGGCGGCUACCGCUUCCAUCAGUGCUUUCGAUACGGCAUUUCCAUCGACAAAAAAGUCGGAUGUCUUAACGUUUACCAAAGACUCCAUUAUUAGUUAUAUUAAAGACAUGUUAUUAAAUCAGACACUCGACAGUGUCAGCGAAYUAUCUGCCACUCCCGAUGAAAAUAAAUCAAAAUACCAGCGAUUAAUGUCCAAUAGUCUACAAGGUUUGACGGCACUGUUGGCCACACUGUCGACCGAUAUUCUGGCCGACGAACAGUUCCGAUCGGAYAUCAAAGAUAUUGUCGGCAAUAAUAAGUUCUGGAAAUUUGCUAAAUAUCCCGAUUCGUUGAUUAGGAGCUCAUGGUUUAGAUUGAUGGCAUCGGUAGCCCAAUAUAUGCCKMAMCUAUACCAAGAGUUUGCCAAUAAAAUAUGUGGCCUAACACUCGGCGGACUAGACGAACGGGACAUAUUGGUGGCACCGGCCGUCUGGGAAUGUGCCUUAUUGUCUGUGAUAACUAUUGACAAAUGUUGGGAAAAUGUUAACUUUAAAAAAGCAUUUUACCCGCAAUUUCGRGCCGUAAUUCGCGAGGCUGGCCGCGGAAAUGCCGGCAUUUUGUUUCCCAAUCUGUUACCGCUGUUGAGUCGCGUACCGUAYGAAUCUGUCGACCGGUUUAUUACAUUUCACGAAGAAUUUUAUGUAUUCAUGAGAGAAGGUAUCAAUAAGACUGUCCAAAAUAAGUGUCAGCACGAGUGCAAUGCUAUAGUUAAAGCCUAUAUGGAGUGUAUGCGCUAUACAUUGUCCAACAAUUUCAUUAGCGAUWGUCAACAGAGACACCAAUUUCAGACAACACUAGUCAAGGAACAGUUAUUAGUACUURUCGGCGACGCCAUUGUUACCGAUGAUCUACUGGCCAAGACAUGCCUGUUCUCGGAUUUAGGCUCUCUCUGGAUGUAUUUGACUAAACAAGACAACAACAGUUAUCAACAUUUAGUUUCGCUGAUUGGCAACGAUUUGACAGCGAUAUGUGUGAAACAAAUUGUUGAUUACAAUUACAAGACAUUACCAAGAAUUUCCCGAUUACUGGUCAAUCUAUUCUGUGAUAUCAAUGCCAACAAAAGUGAUCGAAAGUUACGSUUUCGUCGCGACAGCGAUAAAGACGACAUCAGUUUAGUCGAGAAGAGCGUCAAAAAUAUUCAGUUAAGACRUUUGAUUAGUGUUGACGAAGCAGUAGAUUUGCUCACUCAAGUGAUCAUUCAGCUGAUCCAUGUCUACAAAAGUGAUUAUCAUAAAUAUGAAUGUCUAGAAUURCURAUGGAUUUAAUGAGAUUUCAAACCGCCGACACAUUYGCUAAUUUGUUGACCAAAUCWACCGAAGUGGAAAGUUAUGCUAACUUUUGGACUCUAUAUCUCAACGAAUGGUUCAAAAUUCAAAGUCUUAAUUUACCGUCGAGUGAUAAGUCCAGACAAUUGCGAACAUUAAUUGAUAUAACAUUGAUAUUCUUGUCGCUGAUCGACGAUAAUGGGUUGAARUUUCAAAUACUCGAUCAAAUCUGUUCKCUAACUGAUCCACAUAUCACCGAAACAUUGUUUUCUGUGAUUAUCAAAACCAACGAUAAAGUGUUGUCYCAAUGGUUGAAGAGUGAGUCGGCCGGAAAGUCAUUGGUUGACCAGACAUUACUGCUGAUUGCCGCCAGCAUUGAUACUACCAGUUCCGCCCAAUUACAGCGCGAUCAAGACAUACUCUGGCAGCUGAUCCGACACUGUCUAACCGGUAAUUCGUUUGAUCGCAAAUAUAUUGAAGAAGUUAUCGACAAAUUUCGUUGUCCUAUUCUUAUGAGCGCCUGGAAGACGGGUGUGGCCAACAUUGUCCGAUCCAACGGUGCCUAUCUUAGCGACGGCGGACUGAUUACAACAUUGGCUCUUCAGAUUAGAUCCCGAUUGCAGGCAAAGAUUACCACUUUAGAGAAUGAAUGGCAAUCAUUAGCUGAUUUGCGAUACGAUCGCUCAGUCGUUCAUUACUAUUGGCUGACCAGCGAUAAGCUAAUCGAUACGGAAAAUUGUCAAAUGAUUACCGAUGGCAACAACACCAGCAGCUCAUUGGACACCAUUGGCUGUCCAUUUGUCUAYUCGUCGGUAACCACAUUGUUGUUUCUGGARAAUCUUCUUAARCAAAAUCAAUCGCCGCUUCAAUUGAAYARUGAUUUGAUUGAUSUAAUCGUUGCCCAAAUGAAACAUUUGUUUACAGCCGGUGCUUACGUAUCGACAAAAUCCAAGUUUAAUACGAAAAAGUCGAGUUGUUUUGCCAAAGUUGACCGUAUUUUUCGCGAAAGUUUACAGAAUAUUCUUAAUAUUACCAUUGCUUACGAAUUGAAUGUUAAAUUGGGACAAAUAAUGCUGAAUAAAUUACUUGAUAGUUAUGAUGCAUUAAAGGCACUGACAUUUAGCCAUUAUGUUGACAACUAUGUUGACAACAAUAGUAAACAUUUUGAAUAUAAUGUUGACAUCGGAGGAAAUUAUAAAUUUACCGAAGCUAUUGUCUAUCAAAUUUAUUURCCACUAAUACCGCAAAACGAUUUGAUUGAACUGAUGAAGACAUCGCUAAAUAAUUUCAUCAAUUGCCAAGAGUUUGUCAAUUUGGACGACGGUAUCUCGAAAUUGGUUGUCAUUGAAUCCUGUUUGAAGAACUUGACGAUAACAGUAGACAUGACCGAUGUGGAGGAAAGUGGUAAACAGGUUGCCAUUGCCUCAGCCGUCGCCGCCRCMACCGAAACAGUCGUAACGCUUAUGGAUAUGUUAUGUAGUCUUAAAAUGUCAAACUCGGAUAGAUUUUACUAUAAAAAUGAYAUUGAACCCRAUAGUGAAUUACAAUUUUAUAGUGUAAUCAUCGAUAUGUUUGCUGUUAUAAUUAGCCGCUACUCGGAUAGCCUAAAACAAACUCAUUGGGAUUUGAUCCUAUGUUCAACUACAUCAUGGCUAAUGAAUUUAGUUCAACAAAAAACGAAACUUAACGGWAGUUUAGCUGUAAAUUUAUUUGCAACAAAACUGUUGCGUUUGAUUCAAACAAUUAGUACGAUAUUUGAUGACCAGAUCCCGAUCGCAUCGACCGAUAAAUAUCCGCAAAACCUAUCGGAAGAGUGGCACGAAUUUCAUUCGCCAAAUAUUUUUCAUAUUUUAAUACCGUUUUAUAUCGAUUUUAUUGACAAUGAGCUUAACAUCUAUGAAGAAGUUUUGGUCAAYCAAUUGGCCAAAACAGUUAUAUUAGUCAACGAUACGGUUAUUGUCGACAUAUUGCCAAUCAAUGACAACAACAGAGAAGCUCUACCCGUGAAGACACUACUGAAGACAUACGAUUAUCUAUGUCUGUCACCGGAAAAGGAGAACCGAUUCAAUCUGUUUUGUCCACUUGUUGUCAAUAAGAGCCACUCGAUUGCAUUAUCUUUUCAUCGAUUGAUAUUAAAAAUUAUCCCAUUCAUGUUACGCGAUUACAUACCGAUACCAUCGAACCGGGAGGAAGAGGAGACUUAUCUAUCACCGCCAAAGACCAUGUUAUCAUUGCUUCAACAAACCGAUASUAUUGUCGAUACAAUGCUAUCCGACUAUCGUAUCGGCGACUGUAUCUGUACUGUCGAAUCGGAUACCGAUUCAUUCACCUAUACGUUGGCCUAYCUAUUGAUUUGGACAGAAAUAUUGGAAGUAUUCAACAAUCUAUGCGACGAAAGUCGACCACAAUUUACCGCAUUUUUAGGUCAAUUUGCAUACCUAUCGCGAYUACUUGAAAAUCUAUUUCGUUUGAUGCCCUUAUCAAUGGCACCGACCGAUAUCGAUGGCCGUACACUGGACGCUAACUGUUUGGCCAAUAUGUCGCCCCGAAUAUGGACACAGAAACUGAUUGACGAACCACGACUGGACUCGACACACAUUCAAUGUUUGUCAUCAUAUCUAUACUAUCUAUUGUUGCGCCGAUUGCCGGCAUCAGUGAGRCAAUGGUGGAACAAUUGUGAUCGAAAGACAUCGGAAGUAGUSAACAAAUAUACAUCAAACUAUUUCAGUGGUCAACUAUCGGCYCAGGAGUUGGAUGCCGUCCAAAAGGCUGAUAUUUCACAGUUCAAAAAUAUGACAAUCAAAGCCCGGCCAAUGGCCCGUGAAGUGGUAGCCAAUUAUACUAUCGAAGAGAUUACUAUCGAACUAUUGAUUCAAUUGCCACAAAAUCAUCCGUUAGGUCCAGUGGGUAUCGACAGCGGCAAACGUAUUGGCGUUACCGGUGCCCAGUGGCGCACCUGGUUGUUACAGUUGACCACAUUUUUGACACAUCAGAACGGCUCAAUACUGGAUGGACUGACACUCUGGAAGAAGAAUAUCGACAAACGUUUCGAAGGAGUGGACGAAUGUAUGAUAUGUUUCUAUGUAUUGCACGGCCAGACCUGUCAGUUGCCGCGACUUCAGUGCAAGUAUUGUAAAAAGCGUUUUCAUUCAGCUUGUUUGUAUAAAUGGUUCAGUACGUCCAACAAUAGUACCUGUCCAUUGUGUCGUAACCUAUUUUAAUAUAAACCCCCUCCCCCUGUAUUUGAUAAGUUUAUAUAUAUAUAUUUACCGAUAAUAU